UCAGUAGAUUCUGUCAAUCAGGAAAGAUGUUAUUAGAGAAUCUAUUACCUUAAAUGCGCACAGAGAAAAGUUAGAGGAAAUAUUUCGGGGAUUUUAACCGCGACAUCAUGCAGAAACAGGGCGGUUAGUAAGCUAGCCGCUGCGCUCAGCAGCGCACUGAAAUAAAGCAAAUGGCUGUAGUUGGUUUAAUGCCACACUGUCUGACAUUAUGGCACAUUUUCCUCAAUAUCAAAGCUGUGUGUCUGUUUUCGCCCUUUUUGUGUGUCGGCUGCGGCCACAUGACGUUGCACUCCAGUCUAGGACGUUAUUGUAACGGUACCUCUGAGGAUACACCAACACACACAGGGAAAUAUGACAACCUUUGCAAUCUUCCUGCAAUGCAUCAAAGCCAAAGAGGAAAGUCAGCUGGCCUGGCCAUGCUCAGGAUCAAUGGUAAAGUGAUCCAUGGGCCCUCUACUGUUAAUGAAUGGAGCCCAUGUCUGUCUUCGGCCCCCGCUGGGCCUUGGAGUCACUCUUUUUACUCCUCCUUCACCUCCGUGUCAAACUUGUUGCAGCUCAGAAGGAGCAGAAGCACUCUCAUCAGCCACAGCCCUCCUCAGCCUCCUCCUCAGGUUCAGAAUUCGGUGCCUCCAUCGUCAUUCGGGGUAAAAUUUUCUAAGUGUGUCCAGGUGAAGCUCUACACCGAUCCCCCUCAGGUGACGUUCUUCCUACUGAUCCACAAUCAAAGCCCCUCAGGUGGGACCAACCUUUCUCAGAUGGCCAUACGAGACUCCAUUUCCGGGGUAACGCCCAUCAAAACUGAAGGCAGGGUCGUCGAAAGAGGCUACCAGACAUUUUCUAUCGAUUCCCUGCAGGCCGGAUCUCAUGUGGUUGUUAAUUAUACUGCUCACAUAAGAAGUCACAAGAAUGAGCUCCUAGAUCUCCCUGCUUUCCUGACCUUCUGCAAUGCAUCACAGAAUGAUGUCCGUAUGUUUGGGCCACUAAGAGCCAAUCUGACUCUGAGGGUAAAUUCCACCGACAAGAUUUCUCCCAAUCAUGGAGUCCAUUUUGCUGGAUUUGUUGCUGGUUUCUUCAUCACGUUGGUGCUGCUAUUGUUGGGGGUUCUCAUCAUGAAAUUUGCUAGUCCCAGAGCCAGAUCCUGUCUUCUUCAGCAAAGGAGAUUCAGAUGUGAUUUGGAUCCUGAGUUUGCAGAGACCAGCUUGAUUGAGACCAUCAAAGAGGAAGCUGCAUUUGAGGACAAGAUGGUGGACAUCAUGGUGCUGGAUGAGCCACCAAAUAUGUACCAGGCUUUGGAUAACCUUGAAAUGUCUUCACUGGUUCAAGCCUCCAGUAACCUGGAGGCCAUCCGGAUUCAGAUUUACAAAGAUGUGACGUUCUGCCUGCUCGGUGGCCUGCGAUCGCGGGGCCAGGUCAGCGCCCAGGCCCAGCAGAGGUUGCUCAGUGUGGUCCAUGGGCAGCUGCUUGGAAUGGAGGGACGCCUGAAAGAGGAACAAGGGGUUCGCAUGGCUACUCUGGCUGGUCAGUGUAACCUGGAGACGCAUGAGGAAAUGGAAGCAGAGCAUCGCAGACAAGCGGCUGAAAAAGCCCAAGCUGAGCGGCUUUGCCAGCAUGCAGGCCAGCAGGAGCUUCUCCAAUGCAGCAUCCUCCUGGAGAAGCUGCAGAAUUUGAGCCAGAGUCACCUACGGCGGAUCCUCUUGGUCCGACAUGAAGAGGCUUCAGCAAAGGUCCAGAGGGAGCUCAUCGAGUGGCGACGGGUGGAGCUGCACAAGAUCUUCUCAGAAGAACUGGAGGAGGCCACAAGGAUGGGCGAGUUAGACGGGAGCUCAGCCAAGAGACUUCAGCACAAGUACUUUGCAUAUCAGGAUCAGCUGGAGGAAGUGCUGGAUGUGGCUGUUGCCAAUCAGCGGUACGUCCUGGCUGAACGCAGCGCUCAGAGGAAGUUCUUGGUGCGAAGCCUCCACAGCCUCGAUGUUCUGAUCUCCGACACCUUCUCCAGCACCUCCAGCAACUUGGAAAGCUGGUUCUUCCACAUCAGGAGGGGGAGCAUUGUACCAUCAGAACAGCUGAAUCAGCUGCAAGAAAAGGCCCAGAAGGAGCUUGUUAUGGUGAAGCAAAGAUUGGAUGAGACCCUGAACCAAGAAAAGAGAGCAAUGCGUUGCGGACUAAUUAACAAGAGGAGAGGGCUCAUCUCAGACAUGUUGAAGGUCCACAAGCAGAGACAGAGCGACUUAUCCAGCACUACUAAAGGUCUGGAAGAGAACAUAGAUGUAGCAUACCAUCUGCAGUGUUGGCAGAACCUACUGACAGCGCACAGCCUGGAGCUCGCAGAACUCAUCAACAAUCUGGACAAGGAGGCUGCUGCCGACAUCCGCAAGGUGACGAUGCGAGGGAUUCAGAGUGUGAUAGCCGAUGUGAAAGCCAUCCAGCCUUCCGCUGCACAGGCCUUGUUGACACUCUUGCCGCCGGGUGCUAAACAGCCCAUGUUGCCCAUACAGCCCAUCCUGGAAGCAGAGGUGGGGUCAGAGAAGGCUGCAGGGCAAGGGGCCAGUGCUCUACUGCAGGGCCAGGAAAGGCUUCACCAGGAAGGUAAGGCAGCACUGCGAACCCUCAGCUGCACCAGGGAGUCCCUGCAGGAAAGCAUGGAGCAAGAGCUGCAGGAGCAGAAGGAACUCAGGGCUCACUGGAGAGAGUUCUUCAGGUCUCUGUGUUCGUCUCAGCUGACACUGUCUGAGGAUGACAGGCUGAGGAUGAAGCUGGAGUUCCAGAAGAGUCUGUCCCUAAUAGACCGCUGUUUGGUGCUGCCUCACGCCACCUCCAGAGCCAAACUCCACACUGCUCUGGCUGCGUGGAGAGCAAAAACUGAAGAGGAGAUGGAAAAUACGGAAUCUAAGGGGAAAACCACUGAAACCAGAAAGAAAACAGACACCUCUGAGGUGGCGUGUUUCCAGCAGAGGCUCCAGGACAGAAUUCAACUUUUUGAUAAAGAGAGGGAGAUGGAGAGCGGUGUUAUGAUUAAGGUAAUGGAGGAAAUGCAGAGAGAGAGGAAAGUUUAUCUGCUCUGCCAAGCGGACAGCCUGGCAAUGCAGAUGGCUACCAUCAUCUUUCAGAAGGCUGAGAGGUGGACCAAAGUGUUGGAGACAUCCAAGGCCAUGGUCACCCUGCAGAGCCUGCUCAUUCAGCAGCUCACGGAGAGAAAAAUCCCAGAUCUUCAGGAUAUGGCUCCCAGCAUACACAGUCACUGCUUGAGCCUCAAAGAAGCAGAACAACAGCUUCAGGCAGACAGGACAGAGCUGGACAGACUACAGAUGUUUCCGCUUGGAGCAAUGCCUCAUGAAACCCAGGAAGAGGGCAUUGAGGGACAGGAGGCCAGUGAAGAUGAUGUGUUUGAGCUUCGGCCAGAUUACAGCAUGACCUCCAUUCUUCAGGAGGCUCUUCACAAGUGUGAGCAGGUCACUGCCUUGGCCUUUGAAAGGUUUCAAGAGAUUACCAUCAACGAUCAAGAAAAAGAAGAAUUAAAAGAGCAAGUUGAACUUAAAAGACUUUAUUCAAACUGUGAUCAGGAUCUGGAGUUUGCCUCUCAGCUGCUAAAGCAGAGUCGUCUCUCUGGUUCUAUUCUCUCUGAGGUUCUGCGCCUCCUUCUUCCAAGUUUGCCCGAAAGUGAACUUCUUUCAAUCAGCGACGCCCUCUGCCGCAAACAACGUCCCAUUUCAGUUUCUGCAGAGGAAGAUCGCUCCGGAUGUGCUGGGGAGCAGAACAGAGUCAUUCCUGUCAGACUGAGGGAAAUUGUGCUGCAGAAAAACAGCACAGAUGUGCAACAUGGUGCUGUGGAGAGAGAGAGGCUUCGGGUAAAGAUGCGCAGUAUGGUGGAAAAGCUGCUCCCCAGGUCUCGUCUGGAUGCUGGAUCGUUGCAGGCUGGGAAUAGAGGAAAGAAGGACCUAAAUACAAACGGCCAGCAGCCUGUUUUAAAGCCUGUCACCUUUGUUCGGCAGCUGCAGAGUGACACAGCGAGAGCUGUGACGGAAGCAGAGAAUUGCCCUGAUGAGGAAAAGGAGACCUCCGCCUGCAACGCACCGGGGAGAGAGCGCCUGUUUGUGUUUCGGGAUCCACCGGAAUCUGAUAAUCCUGCCGUCGUCCCGAAAAGGAAAAAGAAGAGAAAUUUUCUCAAUCUUAAGAAAGGUUCUGUAGCUCCUGCAACAUGAGACUCUUAUACAAUAUCUCUUAUUCUGUUCUCUUGUUGUAAUUUUAUGAUUCUAAGGAAAUCACCAAGAAAUUGAUAGUUUUAUAUAAAUCUGCUUAUUUUUGUACCAUUUUUAUAUGUAUGUAUUCUCUUGCUUUUUUUUCAAUUAAAGGCAGCUGACUUUUCACACCUGAUGUCUUUUGUAUUUCCUCUUUAAGAUGUUCAGAUACAGAAACAUUUGGAUGAAUUGGAAUAUUCACAGAAGAUUAAUUACGUAUAACUUGCAUAUAGACUUCCUAUUUGGAGGGUUUCCACCAAUAAUUUUUUUCUGAUUAUUCU